UGGGCUCUAGGAGUUUUCCUCCUAGCUCUGCUCGCCGCUCAACAAUGUCCAUCUGCAGCUGGUGCGAGGAUCCUGGCUGCGUUUUUCUAUCCCUGCAAGAGUCAUUUCAUGAUGACAAAUGCUGUCAUACGAGAGCUGGUUAAGCGUGGUCAUGAGGUCACCUUUAUCACGCCCUUCUCCUUGGCCAGCGAGAACUUGGGCUCCAAUUACAAAGAGAUUGUGCUGCCCCAUUAUGAUUUCUGGACAGAAAUGAAGCGAAUGUCAAAUAGGGAGAUUAUCUUGGAUAUGGCCGAUCUGUCGACACUCAAAUUUGUACGCAUGCUGCAUGUGAUGGGCGUGCAAAGCACGGACUUUGCCUUCGAGCAGCCGGAGAUCAAAGCCCUGAUCAAUGCCAAGAACAAGGUGGGCAAAUACGACCUGCUCAUCGCCGAGCAGUUUUACAACGAGGGCGCUCUCAUACUGGGCCAUCUCUAUCAGACACCCACGAUCACGCUCUCCUCGUUUGGCAACACCAACUACUUCUCCGAAAUGGUGGGCAUCAUUACGCCCUGGUCAUAUAACCCGCACAGCUUUAUAUCGUCCACCACCCGGAUGAACCUAUGGGAGCGAGCCGUGAACGUCUUCGUCUGCGGAAUGGAGCACUUGAUGCGCACAUUCCUCUACUAUCCCAGCCACGAUGCAGUGCUAAGGAAACACUUCUCGGGACUGCUCGACGUGGUGCCCACGACCAAGCAAUUGGAGCGCAAUAUAUCGGCCAUCCUGAUGAACAACUAUAUGCCUUUGGAUGCUCCCAGGCCCAUCUCCUUCAAUAUGAUAUCCGUGGGUGGACUGCACAUACAGCCACCCAAAGCCUUACCCGUGCAUCUCCAGAAGUUCCUGGACGAGGCAAAACAUGGCGCCAUCUACUUUAGUCUGGGCACUCAGGUGCGCAGCGCAGAUCUACCUGCAGAGAAGCUGAAAGUCUUCUUGGAUGCCUUCCGCAGCCUGAAGCAGCGUGUCCUGUGGAAGUUUGAGGAGGACAGCUUCGCUGAGCUGCCAGCGAAUGUGAUGAUACAGAAGUGGCUGCCUCAGGCCGAUAUAUUGGCCCAUCCCAAUGUGAAGGUGUUCAUAGCACAUGGCGGGCUCUUCGGCAUGCAAGAGGCGCUGCACUAUGGAGUGCCCGUUCUGGGCAUGCCCGUCUAUUGUGACCAACACUUCAACAUCAACCAGGGCAAGGCCAAUGGCUAUGCCAUAGGCCUCGACUAUCGCACAAUCACGACGGAGCAGUUGCGCUCCGCGCUGCUCGAGCUGCUCGAGAAUCCAAAGUAUCGGGACACCAUGAAGCGAUCGUCUCGCAUUUUCCGCCAACGUCCACUGGGCGCCAUGGACACGGCCAUGUUUUGGAUCGACUAUGUCAUCGAGCACCGCGGCGCGCCCCACAUGGUGUCAGCCGGCAUGGAUCUAGCCUGGUAUCAGUUCUACCUGCUCGACAUAGUGGCCAUCGCUGCGGCUGCCCUUCUCCUGCCCAUAUUGAUUUUAUGUGUCUGCCUACGCAAUUCUAAGUUGAAGCCAAAAACUAAGCGUAAGCAGCAUUAGAAAUA